CAAACCUUUCCCGUGGUCUCGAUAAGAAAUUAAAAUCGUUCUCGCUUUAUUCAUCUCUGUCCUUGUUAUGUUACUGUUCAAAAACCAGUCUUCGCUUUUUUAUUCUAAAGAAAGAGAAAAACAGUUCAGACGGUCGUUGCCCUAGAAGUCUCUGCGAAGCUUCAUUUCAUAGCCGCCUGUAAUUCAGGGAACUCUUUCUUCUUCAACCCAGAAUACCUGUUCUUCCUUCUUCCCUGGAUGAACAGAUAAGCUUGUUUGAUGCGCUUCAUGUUCCGUUCUGGCUUUCUUUGUCCACUGGUUCUCCUUAUCUGUCUGUGAACUGACCCGCCCAUUAAGGCCAGGUUAUGUCUUUAGGGUACACUUUGAGGUUGAAAAAGAAGAUAACACUUUUUAGUGGUAAAAAUUAAUUGUGUCUAGAACAUGGAAGAACAUCUCUGUCCUUUUUGAGAGUCUUAAGGCUAACACUCCAUAUCAGACACUGUUCCCAAUCGAGCUAAUAUGACGAAUUUCCGUCAAGAUAAGUUUGUGAGGUUUCAGGAUUGGAGUUCCGAGAGAUCCUUAAGUUCUGAUCAGCAAUUUUCCUCAAGAGAUGAAUUUCAUUCAGGAAAGAUAAGAAGAGCAAUAAGCUCAGUUUCAGAAAGGAUCCAAAGAAGUUUUGAAUGGGGUUCUGUAGGGAUUAGAAGUAUUGGGAAAUCAUUGAGAUUCAGCUCACUAACUGAUUCAUUGAUAAAAGAACCAGGAUCUAGGAAAAAAAUUCUUGAUCCACAGGGAUCGUUUCUUCAGAAAUGGAACAAAAUAUUCGCAUUGUCAUGUGUUAUUGCAGUCUCCUUGGAUCCUUUAUUCUUUUAUAUCCCGGUGAUCAAUAGCAAAAAGAAGUGUCUUGGUUUAGAUAGUAAUAUGGAGAUCACAGCUAGUGUCCUGCGAUCAUUCACUGAUAUCUUCUAUAUACUUCAUAUCAUCUUUCAAUUUCGUACUGCUUUUAUUGCUCCAUAUUCUCGAGUAUUCGGAAGGGGUGUUUUGGUUGAAGAUCCAUGGAAGAUAGCUAAGCGAUACUUAUCAUCCUAUUUCCUAAUUGACAUUCUAGCAGUUCUUCCACUGCCACAGAUGGUAAUUUUGGUUGUCAAAACUCGUCGAAUAAGUGGCUCAAAGGCAUUGCAUACAAAGGAGUUGCUGAAGUUUGUUGUCCUACUCCAAUAUGUGCCAAGGCUGAUUCGAGUAUAUCCACUGUAUAAAGAAGUCACGAGAACUUCCGGCAUAAUUACUGAAACGGCAUGGGCUGGAGCUGCUUUCAAUCUCUUUCUUUACAUGCUUGCUAGUCAUGUACUUGGGGCCUUUUGGUACUUGAUUUCAAUUGGACGAGAAAAUGCGUGCUGGCAAGAUGCCUGUAAGAAUCAGACUGGCUGCAAAAGUGAUUUCUUGUACUGUGAUGUAAAUGCAACCCAGGAUCUUGGAUUUCUAGACGUUUCUUGCCCUGUGAUGGAGCCAAAUAAAACAUUCUUUGAUUUUGGAAUAUUCCUUGAUGCUCUUCAGUCUGAUGUGGUGGGAUCAAGUGAUUUUCCACAGAAGUUGUUUUAUUGCUUUUGGUGGGGACUGCGAAAUCUGAGUUCUCUUGGACAAAACCUUGAGACAAGUACUUAUGUUUGGGAGAUAGCCUUUGCUGUUGCCAUCUCCAUCUUUGGUUUGGUUCUGUUUGCGUUUCUUAUUGGAAAUAUGCAGACAUAUCUACAGUCCUCCACUGUUAGAUUAGAAGAGAUGAGAGUUAAGAGACGAGAUGCAGAGCAGUGGAUGUCCCACCGGUUGCUCCCUGAGAAUCUGAGGGAGCGGAUCAGGCGGUAUGACCAGUAUAAAUGGCAAGAAACAAGAGGUGUUGAUGAAGAGAAUUUGCUCCAUAGCCUUCCUAAAGACCUUAGAAGGGACAUAAAGCGGCACCUCUGCUUGUCUCUACUCAUGAGAGUUCCAAUGUUUAUAAAAAUGGAUGAGCAAUUACUGGAUGCAAUGUGCGAUCGCCUCAAGCCAGUGCUUUAUACAGAAGAAAGCUAUAUUGUUCGUGAAGGUGACCCGGUUGAUGAGAUGCUUUUCAUUAUGCGUGGCAAGCUAUUAAGUGUAACCACCAAUGGUGGAAGAACUGGCUUCUUCAACUCUGAUUAUCUCAAGGCUGGCGACUUCUGUGGAGAAGAGCUGCUCACGUGGGCUUUGGAUCCCCACUCCUCAUCCAAUCUCCCCAUCUCAACCAGAACUGUGCGAACCAUUACAGAGGUAGAAGCCUUUGCCUUGAAGGCAGAUGACUUGAAGUUUGUAGCCUCCCAGUUCCGACGUCUCCACAGCAAGCAGCUCCGGCACACUUUCAGGCUCUAUUCACAGCAAUGGAGGACAUGGGCGGCCUGUUUCAUACAAGCAGCUUGGCGUCGGUACUGUAGGAAAAAACUAGAAGGAUCUCUACGUGAGGAGGAGGAUAGGCUGCAGGAUGCAUUAGCUAAGGGGGGUGGGAGCUCACCAAGCCUUGGAGCCACCAUAUAUGCCUCACGGUUUGCUGCUAAUGCAUUACGGGCUUUAAGACGCAAUGGUGCACGCAAAGCUAGGUUGCCAGAAAGAGUACCGCAAAUGCUGCUUCAGAAGCCAGCAGAGCCUGAUUUUUCUGCUGAAGAUAUUAGUUAAUAUCUUUGUAACGAUUUAUGCUUUGCGUUCCCUGUAAAGAGUCAUGAAAAUUGGGACCCUACUUCACGUGUUGGGACAAUCAUGAUCUCAUAUCCACUAAAUCAAGCCAUUGUAUAUAGUAAUUGUAUAAGCAAUCUCCUAUCCCCGUCUAUAUAAAUGGUCAAGGUUAUGCAGAGCAAUAUUGAAUAUUUUCUAUUUCAUUAUGUUCA